UGACUCGAACCCAAGACCUACCGGUCGUGGGUGGAGGUGCUUAACCACUGAGUCAUCCCUCACUUGUCUUAUGAGUUCAUAUUUAUCGUUACGUAAUUUUAAUAAAUUUUCACAUAAAUUUAUGUUCUGCAUGGAUUCAUAUAAAUCCGGUUCUUAUCUAUAGGGUUGGAUCCGCCCCUACAAAUACACAAUCAUCCAAUUGUUUAAUUCUUCAGAUUCUCAUUCUCUUGUUUCUGAUCCUGAGAGAGACUGCUCUUUAAUUUCACCCAAGUCUCACUCAAAGAUGAAGGGUAUAUGUUCAUGGCGGAGCUAGAGUAUCCGAGGGGUUCAUCUGAAUCUCUUUCGUCGAAAAAUUAUUCUAUAUAUAAGCUUAUCCUUAUCAAACUGGAUUUACAAGAUGCUAGAGAAAAGCGAAAGGCCUUGAAGACAGUCUCCGCUCUUUCAGGAAUCGAUGAGAUUUCGAUGGAUAUGAAAGGUAAGAAGUUAACCAUCAUUGGGACCGUUGAUCCAGUGAGCGUAGUGAGCAGAUUACGUAAGUUUUGGUGGACAGAGAUACUCAUAGUAGGACCAGCUAAAGAGCCAGAGAAGAAAGAAAAACCAAAAAUAGAAGAACCUAAGAAGGAAGAAAUUAAGAAAGAGGAGGAGCCACUUAAGGAAGAACCAAAGCAAGAGGAACCACCCAAAGAAGCAAAGAAAGAGGAACCACCUAAGGAGGAAGCAAAGAAAGAGGAACCACCCAAAGAGGAAACAAAAAAAGAUCCUAAAAAAGAAGAAGAAGAAGAAGAAGAAGAAAAAAAGGAAGAAGCAACCAAAAAGGAAGAAGUGAAGAAAGCACAACUACAUCUUCAACCACAACCACAACCGCAGAUAAUUCCUUUGCCACAACCACAACCUUUUCCACCAGCUGCUUAUAGGCCAUAUUAUCCUCCUAUGAACACAUAUUACCAACAUGUUCACCACAGCAUGGAAGAGAAUCCUAAUGCUUGCACUAUCUGUUAAACAAGCUUGUGGAGGUGAUCUGAAUUGCUAUCGAUAAGAUACGAGGCUGAUUUCCUAAACGUAACGGGUUAAUUAAUUAGGAGGGGGGAAAGAAAGAAAAGAGAAGAAGUCACAUAUAUAGGUUAGUAUCUUUUUUGUUGGCCUGGUGAUAUUCUAUUAGAAUGAACCCAAGACUAGCAUUGGACAAGAGAGAAUGGGAACUUUUGUGAAUAGAAGACAAUCGAUGCAGUAUUCUAAUUUUCUGAAUCAGAAUGUGUAGAUAUGUUUGAAUAAGAAUUUCGCUUUUUGUUC